GUUUAGCUUCGGAUUCGCCAUGUUUCUUGUUCCAGAAGUACCAGUCAAAAACUGCAGAUGGAAGUGCCGUUAGAAGAGAAAAACUAACAUAUGCCGUGUAAUCUUCGAAUGAAGUGGAACAAAGACAUGUCUAUGCUGAACCAUGAGUAAGGAGCAGAAAGACGCGCAGCCACCAACUUUACCACCAGCAUCAGAGCAAUCGUCCAAUCACAUUUCUCAUGUAUUGGACUUUGGCCAUGGUGAAGGUGGUAAUAUGCAACCCAAGGUGGAGAGGGACCAAGAACCUGCCUUUAAAAAACGUAAACUAGACAGCCAAAGCGGAAUCUCUAGUAACAAUGAUCAAUUCUCUACAGGACCAGACUUAGUUAGUAUUGAAUGUGAAACAUCCAAAAAUCUCUCAUUAGAAUGCCAAGCUUCCAAAGAUGUAGACUCUGAUUCACAGAUCUCUAUGAUCAUUGAGGACCAGAAUCACAGGCCAGAAAGUCCAGUAGACAUUGAGAAAACCAUGGCCUCUUCUCACAAUGCUCAAGUUUUUGAAAUUAUAGAUGAUUUAGGCUCUGAUAGAGAAGAAUACUAUGAAAGUGAGGAUGACUAUGAUGAUGAUGACAUAGAUGCUCUGCUAGAUGAGUGCCUAGAUAAGCCCAGAAAUACUUCUGCCUCUGAGGCUGAUGUGGAUGGAGAUGUAGACACAGAGACAGAUCCAAGUGCCCCUGAAGAAAAAGAGAAGGUUGUACUGAUAGAAAAGGGGCAUGAUCCUUUUGAGGUGCUUCCAGAAGGCUGGGUGACAGUCACUCACAACAGUGGUAUUCCAGUCUACCUUCACAAGCAAUCCAGAGUGUGUACUCUUGCCAAACCAUAUUUCCUGGGGCCAGGGAGUGCCAGGAAACAUGACAUCCCUGUCAGUGCCAUCCCUUGUCUGCAAUACAGGAAAGAGUUGGAGAAGGAGUCAAUGAAACAAGAUCAAAAUGGCAGUGAAGAUUAUUCCCAAGAUAACUGCACACCCAAUCUAGUCAAUGGAACUAGUCCGCCCAACCUUCCCUCCAUCCCAGUCAAAGUGAUGAGUGUUGAGGAAAAGAAAAAGGAAACAAUAUUAGACCACAAACAGCUGCAUGAGUAUUGUCAAAAACUGUUCCAGUUUAAGACCAUUACAGUCAGAAGGUUUAAGACUUGGAAAGACAGGAGAAAACAUCAGAAGCAGAAGAAGAAAGAAGCAAGGCCAUCAANAAUAGAAAAAAAGGGGCAUGAUCCUUUUGAGGUGCUUCCAGAAGGCUGGGUGACAGUCACUCACAACAGUGGUAUUCCAGUCUACCUUCACAAGCAAUCCAGAGUGUGUACUCUUGCCAAACCAUAUUUCCUGGGGCCAGGGAGUGCCAGGAAACAUGACAUCCCUGUCAGUGCCAUCCCUUGUCUGCAAUACAGGAAAGAGUUGGAGAAGGAGUCAAUGAAACAAGAUCAAAAUGGCAGUGAAGAUUAUUCCCAAGAUAACUGCACACCCAAUCUAGUCAAUGGAACUAGUCCGCCCAACCUUCCCUCCAUCCCAGUCAAAGUGAUGAGUGUUGAGGAAAAGAAAAAGGAAACAAUAUUAGACCACAAACAGCUGCAUGAGUAUUGUCAAAAACUGUUCCAGUUUAAGACCAUUACAGUCAGAAGGUUUAAGACUUGGAAAGACAGGAGAAAACAUCAGAAGCAGAAGAAGAAAGAAGCAAGGCCAUCAAUGCCUGAAAGUGCCAAACUUAUCACCUGUCCACUUAACAUUGCCAAAGAUGCUGGUGGUGGAGCACCAAGUAGACCAAAAGCAUAUGUCCUCAGCCCUCAUGGCAAAUCCUAUGUGUGCAUUCUUCAGGAGUAUGUGCAACACACUAUGAAACUGCAGCCCAAAUACAUCUUCCAGGAGAUUGAUAAUUCUGCCAAUCCCCACCGAGCAACUGUGGUUAUUGAUGACAUAGAAUAUGGCUCAGGACUGGCCAAAAGCAAAAAACAGGCAAAACUUAAUGCAGCCAAAGAAACAUUAAAUGUUUUGAUACCAGAGAUGAAGAAAUUUACAGAGGAGAAAGGAAUCUACUUCAGAAUCACUGCUUUCAGAUGUUUCACAACUGACCUGGGUGGAUUUUAUGAUGAAAUUCGCAUCGAAGAUCCCAGGGUAUAUGAACUAAGUCAGAAAACCGGCCACCCCUCUCCCUAUGAAAUACUACUAGUCUGUCUCAAUAGGAACCAAGGUAUGGGUGAUACUAAAGUAAAAAUGACCAUGAAUACUCUGAAACACCAGAAAGUAGAGUUUACCAUGACAGUUGGAAAGCACACUGCAACAGUGCCAUGCAAGAACAAACGUGAAGGGAAGCAACUAGCUGCCCAGUCCAUUCUCAAGCUGUUCCACCCCUAUGUCUACAACUGGGGCUCCAUCCUGCGCCUGUACUCUGUCAGCGAUAAACAAGUGAUGGAAGAGAAAAAGCAACAUGAAGACAGUGUCCUUCAGCUAGCAAGGGAUUUUGAAGAGAACAAGGUGAACAAACCAAAUUAUGCCAUGCUUGAAAAACUGAAGAAAGAAAUGGACAAGUUAUCCUCACAGCAGGAUUUGUUCAAGUCCAAAGGAAAACUUCAUUUAGAAGAUGGACCCAAUCUUCCCUCUUCCUCUGUCAUAACAGCUGUGGACUUGGGGUAAAAUUACGUAUCAGGUUUAUUUGACCAGGGAUGUGUUUGGCCAGAGUACAUGGUUGACAGCAUCAUGUGGGUAUUGCCAAUUGCAAGUUGCCAAUGGAUAGGUUGUGCUUGCAUAGCCAGAGUUUUUGCUAUUAUAUUUUUCUUUAAAAAUGCUUGUGUUGACAUAUACAAAAAUAAACCAUCCUGGAAAAUUGAAAUUUCUUUUUUCCAUUAAAUCUACCUGCCAAGUGGUGAUUGUUACUUAGGAACAGGAUAAAGUUUUAACUCUCAUUCUUAACAAUAUGGUGGAAUGGGAUGUGCCUCUGCAAACCAAAUGUUUGGUGCAGACACAAAGAAUUUCAUUUGCAAACCUUUUAAAUAGCAAACAUUUGGACUAAUUACUGGGCACCCAGUUUUGGCAUAAAUAUGUAUCACGGUGUGUAGUAUUUUUUGACUAUCUGAAAGUGAUCUAGACCAAUGUCCUUGCAGAUUAGAUCUUUGAAGUAAUCAUAAAAAACUUGGAUAUAUUAUGAGAUCUGCAAAAGACAAGAAGUGAUAAUGAAUGCAGCAUAAGAUCCUGUCCAAAUGUUUUCUAGAAGUUUUCAUUUAGCUUAUUUGUUUGUUUGUCACAUAUCAAGAACUGAAACACUAUUAAUAACCAAAAAAUGCAUUUGAUUUUGAACAAUGCAGAUUUAUCUAAUGUUUCAUAUAUAAAUUGACCAAGGGAAUAAUACCAAAGAAACCAAGUUUCUUUUUUCAUCCGACUUUGCCAAAUAUCUCUUGUACUAUCUCUUUACAUUGUUGUGGACCAAAAAUACAGAAACUACUCAUUCUUAAACUUGUGAAAGAUAAUGAAAUCAAAUACUUAUUUUGAGAUUUUUUGUCAUUGUAUAUGUUUUUAUUUAUGUGCAGUUGCAAUGAAUACACAAGUGCAGGCUUCAUAGCUUUCAUACAACUGCUGGUAGUUAUAUAUAUUCAAGAAUAGUGAUAUAUUUAAGGCAUAAAUUGUGAUUAUAUCAUUUUAGCCCAGUACUUUGCCUGCCUGCCAAUGUGCUUUUGAUUAUUUGUCAUAUGUAUUGUGAUAAUAACUCUUAUAUCUGCUAUUAUAACUAGACAUGUAAUACAAUGUUAAGCUGUAGUGAUUUUUGUUAGAAGUGGCAUUUAUUGUAACCUUUGUUCCACUUCAUAAUUUAGUGAUCAAUUUAUUGUCAAUUUCAAUUUAUUCUAUCCAGGAUUUUCCUGCCAAAUUGAAUUUUCCUCAAUUUUCUACUCACGAAUCAUUGUUUGACCAGUCCCUGAAGUUUGAUUCAAUGUUUUAUAUCAUUUCCAAUUUAGUUAUAAGUGACUGGAAGGUCAAUAGACAACCAGGUCUUCCAGUAGAUUUUUGAAGGAAACAUCAACAUCAGGUACUUUGAUUCGAGGUGUUCUAUUGUUUUUAAGGUAUGGAUUGAAAAGGUUGCAGGACAAGUAGACAUCGAAAAUAUCAGCGCUGAUUGAAAACCUCUGAAAUUUGCAAUAUUUGGAGAAUAAUACACAAGAGCUGUAAGAAUUAGCAUAAUUGUUGAGAUGCUGCUCUAAGUUUAAGAUUUUCAAGUCUGUACAUGUGACAGAACAGUUUACUUAAUAUAAAGGGUAGUUAGACAGUUGAUUGUAUAAGGUUGUGUUGGGUAGGGCUGUAUUCAUCUUACUCUAUAUGUUGGUGGAGGUGUUUGUAUUUUUAAAGCUGUAGUGGAUGUUAGUGGUGCUGGAAAUAAUCUCUAGAUCAAAUUGUUAGUGAAAAUUGUAAACUAAUGAAAUGCAUUUAUUGUCUGUACAGGAAAUGGCUCUUACAGUUGCUAAGAAAUUGAACUCAAUUUUUUUAAUCCACGCUUCCCAAGUUGAAGAUCACGUUGGUUCUCAGAACAGAACAAACUGAAUGUCAGCUAUAAAUGACACAUCUGUGCGACAUCUUCCUGUUCAGAUGAGGUUUAUUUUAUUGCACUCAUUCAUUAGACAAUGUAUUAUGAUAUUUCAAUGUAUCUCUUGUAUGAAAGCAAACUGUUAGACUCCUGCAAGUAGUCUCUAAUGUAGUAGCAACAUACCUCAAAGAAUAAUGCUGAAAAAAAGCAUUGUCUAUUUCAUAGAUGGCUAUAAUAAAACAGUGCAUGUGCUCAAAAUUG